AUGUUCAUGCUCAAGAGCCUGUUCGGCAAGAUUUGGGGCGACGCCAACAACCAGGAGCUGAUUCAGAUCCCCGCAGGUGCCCUCUACCUCGUACGGCCCAACGGUCCCCAAGGUUCGCGCGAGUGCAUCUACGAGGAUGCCGUACUCGCCAUCCGCAGGACAACCACCCAGUACCACUACCAGCUCGUCGUCACCAAGGCAUUCCAGGAAUCUCAGACGGAGCUCGUGGAUCAGGAGGAGGAUGAUUUGGAGGACGAACGGGCCUUCUUGAUCGAUCAAGCGCUCGACUUUCGCCUUUCCACCCAUGGCAAGGAACGCACGAUCGUAUGGAGGGACUUUGAAGGUGACGAGAACGACAUGUUGCAGUUCGUCAUUGACAACAAGCAAGUCAACGAGGUGACGAUCACGAUCUUUGAAAUCACCUACUUGCAAUGCGUGUACGAACACGCUUUUCGCACCAGUCACGAGCGUGCUACGGAGGAGGAUCUGGACGUUCUUCGCUACAACGACCAGGCUGACCAGCGCCUCAAGCGAGAGCAAAAGAGCGCUCUGGACAAGAAGCUCGAAAACGCCGGCAUCGGCUCUGCCUCCACAACCUCAAAGCCUGCCGUUGCUACCAAGUCAGAGCCUGCAGCAACACCAGCACCCGCAACUCCCGAGAUCGCUCCCACCAUAGCACCUGCCGCUGAUACUGCUGGACCCCAGGUGGACGAAAACAGUAUCGUCUUUUCCGCCACCGCCGAUCUCUACUUGUACGAUCUCAAGUCGCAGUACUUCCUCGUGCAAGAGCGCAAGAUUGAUGUCAACGUAGUUGAGGCCGGCCGCUUCUUAUAUUGGCUCUCCAUUCACGGUGCCGACAAGGUCUGGCUCGCUCAAAAGGUCGAGAGCGACAUGAAUAUGAAUUUCUCGCCAGAACAGACCUCCGCCGUGUGGAAUUACUUCACCGAAGAUCGACAAUGCUUCUCUUGGCUCCUCCGUUUCGCUGAUCAAGAAGCAUACUCGCACUUUCAGAAGCGUUUCAGCAGGGUCAUGUACGAAACACAAAACGAAGAGCCUUGGAGCAAGGCAAAAAGUAACGAUCAAGCCUACGCAGAGACAGCAUUCGAACAAGGAGAGCCCAUGGACGUCGACGAGAUCAGCGAGAGCGAGUUCGGCGACGAAUCAGUUCGCACAGCUAGGCAAGAAGAGGAGGAGGAUGACCAAGAGGAGGUUGCUGCGAACUUGCAGAGUGGUCGCGCAGGCUCCCAAGACCCGACUUGGCCGGAGGAGGCGUCGCAUCUGUCAGGUAAACAGGACGCAAACUCACUGCUCGCCGUCGGCUACAAGUUCGACCGUUCCUUCGUCGCUCGAGGUGAUAAGAUCGGCGUCUUCCGUCACACCGAUGACAACCGACUCGAGUUCGAUACCACGAUCAACAAUGUCGGAACGCCAAGCGGAAAGGGCUUCAAGCCACUCAAGAUGAUGUUGCAUGAUCAGGACGCACAGAUGGUUCUGAUGGAUCCUUCGAACAAGAACGCGAUUUACAACAUGGACCUCGAAUACGGCAAGAUCGUCGACGAGUGGAAAGUUCACGAUGACGUACAAGUUAACAACGUCGUACCAAACAGCAAGUACGCACAGAUGACUGCGGAGAAGGUCAUGAUCGGACACAGCCACAACGGUCUCUACCGAAUCGACCCUCGUCUUUCGGGUAACAAGCUGGUCGACUCGCAAUUCAAGCAGUACACCGCCAAGAACGACUUCUCCGUCGCAGCCACUGACGCAAAAGGUCGCCUCGCCGUCGCUUCAAACAAGGGCGACAUUCGCCUGUUCGACUCGAUCGGCAAGAACGCCAAGACCGCUCUACCCGCACUUGGUGAUCCUAUCAUUGGUAUCGACGUCUCCGCCGAAGGUCGAUACAUCAUUGCCACGUGCAAGACGUACUUGCUCCUCAUUGACACGCUUAUCGGAUCCGGUCGAUACCAGGGACAACUCGGUUUCGACCGCGCAUUCCCCGCCGACGCCAAACCGCAGCCGAAGCGUCUCACGCUCAAGCCCUCACAUGUCGCCUACAUGGGCUCAGCGAUCUCUUUCACACCUGCUCGUUUCAACACCGGGUCCGAUCAAGAGACGUCCAUCGUCACCAGUACAGGCGCAUACGUCGUCAGCUGGUCUUUCAACGAGGUUAAGAAGGGCAAUCUGGGUUCAUAUGUGCUCAAGCGAUACGGCGGUGAUAUCAUCCAGGACGAGCACGCCUAUGGCUCCGACCAGGCGAUUGUAGUUGCAUUCGAGCACGACGUCCAGAUGGCCAAGAGGAGUCAGCUGUUGAAACCGUCCCGUAAGUCUUUGGCUCCGUCCGGGUUCGGGCGUCAGUCACGGGGAUGA